UUAAAGCUGCGGCAGAACAUCAGUGGUACCCACCGGUAACAAAAAGAAACCAGGGGAACAAAAGGAGACAAUUUUUAGCAGAUACAUCCUGAUAUAAACAGUGUCAGGAAUAAUCCAUAUCUGUUUGAUGAAAUACGACUGACUGAUGCAGACCAGGAUGCAGAACCGCACCCGUUGAGACACAGAUUGUUAAACGAUGGAGAAAUCAAACAGUCAGUAUGACUCAUUCCUCUUCUGGAGGCAGCCGAUCCUGUCCCUUGACCUGUCAGAGCUGGAAGACCUGGGAUUUACCGCUAGCGGGCCGAUCAGUAGCAGCAAAGCAAAAGACAAGCUGCGAGGACAGGACGGCGAGGAGGAGUUCUCUGAAUUUUCCUCCUUUAAUUACUGGAGGGCUCCCAUCGCUGCUGUGGACACUCUACUGGCUGAUCUGAACCUGCUGCCCUGAACCCACCAGAAUCUGAACCCAGAUCAUCCCAACUUCAUCCAAACCCCAGAACCUACAAUAAUCAGUUUGACUAGGCCUCUAAUCCUGCAACCAGACUAAAGUUCACCUGAAGUCAUGGUGAUUAUCUAAGUUUCUUUAUUUACAGUUUAGGUACUGCUACUGCUUUUAAGCUGGAUCUCACAAAGUGCAACACUUUAUAAACACCUUAUAAUAGAUAGCUUUGGUUUAGUCUAAAAUGAAGACAGGCAUGUUGUUAAACCCUGAGUUUAUUUUACUCUAUCUGCAUGUUUUGCUAGGAAGGAUAAAAGGACGUCGUGUCUCAUUAGUCUGAUUCAUCUGGUAUGAAAUAAGACUUCAGUCGUUAAUUUUCUGCAGUUUACAUGUCUAUAUGUUUUUUUUUUAUCUGUGCCUUUUUUUAUUAAUUUAGAGCGGCUUUAUUAACAGUAAACUCCCCAUAUUUCUACUUAUUUAUUUAUUUAUGCAUGUUGUUGAGCAAGACUGGGACUUUAGACCCGACCCAGAACACCAGAAAUAAAUUGCUUCUUAAAAAAAAAAAAAAAAAAAA